AUGAGUUCUGAGCAGCAGAAGCAGCCCUGCGCCCUACCCCCUCAGCUGCAGCAGCACCAGAUGAAGCAGCCUUGCCAGCCUCCACCCCAGGAACCAUGUGUUCCCCAAACCAAGGAGCCCUGUCACACCAAAGUGCCUGAGCCCUGCCAACCCAAGGUGCCAGAGCCCAGCCAACCCAAGAUGCCUGAGCCUUGCCAGCCCAAGGUGCCAGAGCCCUGCCAGCCCAAGGUGCCUGAGCCUUGCCAACCCAAGGUGCCUGAGCCCUGCCAACCCAAGGUGCCUGAGCCUUGCCAAUCCAAGGUGCCAGAGCCCUGCCAAUCCAAGGUGCCUGAGCCCUGCCAACCCAAGGUGCCAGAGUCCUGCCCCUCAACAGUCACUCCAACACCAGCUCAGCAGAAGACAAAGCAGAAGUAA